GCGCACUGUGCAUUUCUCUCUCUCUCUCUCUCUCUCUCUCUCUCUCAUCCCCCUCCCUCUCCUCUCUUCCACUUGUAUCACAGUGUAACGAAAGAAGGCGAGAAGCGAAAAGCAGCGGCUGGAAUUUUUUUUUUUUGACGUUGCUCGUUGUGGCUUCUAUUUAUUUAUUUAUUUUAUUUUAUUUUAUUUAUUUAUUUGUGGGGUUUUAUUUUUAUGCAUCAUUCAUUUCGGCGCUGUUUUAACAUUUCGUUGUUAUUUUCGUACAUGGCGCGGGAGUCGCGCGCGUUCGACGGUCACGGUUACGCUGUAACGGAUUCGGAUUCGGUGAAGCGGGGCGGAGCGGCGCGCGGCGGCGGCGGCUCGUGCUCUUCGGCCCGGCGGCUCCAGGACGCCUGAUGCUCGCCUCCCAGGCUCGGAAUUCGUCCCCCUGUUUUUCCUUCUUAUCCUCUUCCUCAAGACCGGUUUACACGCCAAUGUUCGACGGAUUAAGCGCCACUUAUGGAAACUGGGGACCAAAAUUUUAGAAAAAAGCUAAAUUAACACCGGUUCUUCAUUUCCCAAGCUGCUUUACUUGUUCAUUUUGCUGGGCUCAUCAUGGCUCCUUGAUAUUUGCUUCUCGUAACACCAGCCCUGAUUUAUUUUUAUGUAUUUCCAUUCAAGGACCUUUUUUUUAAUGCUUUAAUUUCAGGUCGGUGUUUGUGUAUUUCAGUGGUCUUCCUGUCAUUUCUCCAUCUCUCUCUCUCUCUCUCUCUCUCUCUCUCUCUCUCUCUCUUUCCUUAUGUUUAGACGAAUAGAUGUUUAGAGUCAAUAGAGAGACAGAGAAAGACGAGUGAUUUUCUUGCCAUUGCCUAUUACAAAUGAUAGGCAUCACUCAUAAGGAUUGAAAUAGCUUAAGCAUUUCACCACCAAUCACCAGUCUGAGUUUAUAAGUGGUCUCAUCUGUUCCCCUUAAAGCUCAAAUCCGUCAUUCCCAUUCCCACAGUCAGAAUGGAAUGGACUGUAAUGCCAACCAUCACCUGAACAGAGGAGGGUGUAAGCUGGGAUACACGUGUCCAGAUUUGAAAGGAUCAGAUGCAUUGGAUCUUCCUUAAGCACUGACUCAGUUUUUGAUAGUUGGGUUGUUGCUCCAGAUUUCCUUUUCCCAUUGUAGAAAAACCACCGAUUGGCCCAGUUUUGUAUACAUCUUGACAUAUUCCACUUCUGAAGUUGGUCAUCACAGUGUUUGUGAAGCCAAAGGGCCAGAUAGUCACCACUUCGUUGUCUUCCUACUUUGGUUGAAUCCAUCUCGGCCAUCGUCAGACUCAUCACCAUUGCGAAUUUCUUUUCCCACAACCCUCUCUGCCCACGUAGCCUAAUUCCACCUUUGCUAAGGUGCACCAUUUUCUGCCUUGGUGUGGUCCUGUAAAUUUACAAAUAUUUAUUUCCUAUAUGUCAAGAGGAAAGGGGGUUCCCCUUUCAUAGAAUGCGGAAACAUGGGUCUCUUUGACCGCGGGGUUCAGAUGCUGCUGACCACGGUGGGCGCCUUCGCUGCCUUCAGUCUCAUGACCAUCGCGGUCGGCACGGACUACUGGCUCUAUUCACGAGGAGUGUGCAAAAUAAAGACUAACAACGAAAACGAGACCAGUAAGAAAAACGAAGAGGUGAUGACGCACUCUGGACUGUGGAGAACCUGCUGUUUAGAAGGGAACUUUAAAGGGCUGUGUAAACAGAUCGAUCACUUUCCUGAAGACGCGGACUACGAAGCUGACGCGGGAGAGUACUUCCUUCGAGCAGUGAGGGCGUCCAGUAUAUUCCCCAUCCUUAGCGUGAUCCUACUCUUCAUGGGAGGUCUCUGUAUUGCGGCCAGUGAGUUCUACAAGUCACGUCACAACAUCAUCCUCAGUGCAGGGAUCCUCUUCGUGUCUGCAGGUUUGAGCAACAUCAUUGGCAUGAUUGUCUACAUAUCAGCAAACGCUGGUGACCCCACCAAGAGCGACUCGAAAAAGAACAGCUACUCGUAUGGCUGGAGCUUCUACUUUGGUGCUCUGUCCUUCAUCAUGGCUGAAAUGGUGGGUGUCCUGGCCGUGCACAUGUUUAUCGACCGGCACCGUGAACUCCGGGCUGCCAACGCCCGGGCUGGAAGAGGCAUUGCCACUGGAAACGCAGACUACCUGCAUGGCUCGGCCAUCACACGCAUCCCCAGCUACCGCUACCGUUAUCGGCGCCGCUCACGCUCCUCCAGCCGCUCCACGGAACCCUCACAGUCACGUGACACCUCUCCGCUGGGCCUCAAGGGCUUUGGAGCUCUGCCAUCCACCGACAUCUCCAUGUACACUCUGACCCGCGGCGGAGGAGAUACGCUGAAAGCCACGCCCCCAGCCACCUACAACUCGGAGAGGGACCAUAACUUCCUGCAGGUCCACAACUGUAUCCAGAAAGAUGCGAAGGACUCACACAGCAAUGCUGCCAACCGUCGCACUACGCCUGUAUGAGCACCACAGAGACCAAUACUGGCAGGGAGGGAAAGUGACUGAACAUGGGCCAGAAAAAGAGAGACAGGGAACAAAUGAGUGAGAGAAAGGAUGGAGAACCAGAACAUGAGGGGUAAUAAUGACUGGGGAUACAAGAGCUCUCUGAGCUAUGAGCUAUUUACAACAAUGAAGAUGACUAUGAGUUUCCAUGUUGAAAAAAAGUGAAAAAGUGAAAAAUGUCCAAAAAAAAAGAGAUAAAGAAAAUGCAUGAUUUUCCCAUCUACCGUAAUUUAACGAGUUUUAAACCAUGUUUCAAAAGAAGAGGAGCGAGUAAUGGGGAGAAAGAGAACAAGAGAAACAGAAAGAGAGACAGAGACAUAAACAGGUGAAAGAAAGGGAGGGUGUAGUAGAGGAUGAGCAUUGUGAGUCUUAAAAGGUUUAUAUUUUUUCAACUCUCUUCUCAGUGUCCAGGGCGACCUGUGACUCUGCCCCCUCCUCCCCGCCCACCUCCCUCUUUACUUCCUGUAUGUAUCCAUCUCAUUCUUUUGCGCAUUAAUACUGUGAAGCGUUGUGGCCGAGGUGUACCCAGGGGGAAAAAAGACAAACCUGUAUCCUGGCCACAACUUAUAAGUUAAUAUAUGUAUUAAUUAUAUAUGAAUAUAUAAAUAUAUAUAUAUGUUAAUAAACCACAGAUAGACUUCCCUGACGCAAGAGAAGGACGGAAAAAAAAGACAUAAAAAAUGAGAACAAAUCAAAAGUCAAUAAAGUCGUCA